AUGGGCAGCCUUCCUCCGAAGCCCACGAUCGUCUGGAUCAAUGGGUCCUUCUCGCCAGCAUCAUUCUAUACUGACGUGGCUGAUGGGAUACGAAACCGAGGUUACGACAUCGUGGUAGACACACUGCCCUCUUCAGCGCGUACACCGCCCGAGAAACCCGCAACAAUGGAAGAGGAUGCAGCUUACUUCCAUGAUAUUGUUGAACGACUGUGCGACGAAGGCAAAGACGUUGUGCUAGCAAUGCACUCUUAUGGUGGUGUCGUGGGAUCAGAGUGCUCCAGAGGACUUUCGAAGGCUGAGCGUACAGCAGCUGGACAGCGCGGCGGUAUCACACAAUUGGUGUUCGUGACCUGCGUGGUACCUGAUGUAGGCGUGUCCCUGCGAGAGGUGACGGCCAGCGGGUCUUCACCGUGGCUGAUCCUUCGCGAAGACGGAUACAUGGAACAUAUUGCUGAAGAGAGCGCGGGGACAUCUUUCUCGGGCCUGCCACAUGCUGAAGGAGUCGCGUGGGUGAAGAAAAUGCCACUGCAUUCGCUCGCAAGCUUCGAAGGUAAGCUCACGUAUGCCGGGUACAAGCACAUACCGUCGUCGUGGAUUUUCUGUGAGCAGGACAUCAUACUGCCACCCGAUUUCCAACGGUCAUGUAUCGAGCGGAUCGAGAGGGAGAGCGGAAGACAGGUCAGAGUCUACAGACUCGCGGCAGAUCACUGUCCAAACGCAUCAGCACCUCGGGAGUUGGUCAAGGCCCUCGAUGACGCGGUGGCAGACUUCGAGAAGUAA